CCUGUGGAGCAGUUGGCUACAGUUGUUGCAACUUUUUUCGAAAGCUGCGUUUCCCGGGAGAUCCUAGGCGGUGACAGACCAGGGUCAUGGCUAGAGGCAGGAAGAUGUCCAAGCCCCGCGCGGUGGAGGCGGCGGCGGCGGCGGCGGCGGUGGCGGUGGCAGCGACGGCCCCGGGCCCGGAGAUUGUGGAGCAGAGGGGCCCGGGGAGGCCCCGCACCAACGGGGAGAACGUGUUCGCCGGGCAGCCCAAGAUCUACACCUACAUGAGCCCGAACAAAUGCUCCGGAAUGCGUUCCCCCCUUCAGGAAGAGAACUCGGUGGCGCACCACGAAGUCCGAUGCCAGGGGAAGCCGUUCGCCGGGAUCUACCGGAGACGGGAAGGUAAGCAGAACCACGGAAACGCCCUCCGAAGCACCAUGAAGUCCGAGGCUAAGAUCAAAGACGCCAGGAGAGGCCCCCUGGCACCCUUUCCAAACCAAAAAUCUGAAGCAGCAGAACCUCCAAAAACCCCGACCUCGUCUUGCGACUCCCCCAAUGCAGCCCUCGCCAAGCCGGCCCUGAAGAAGCCGGGCAAGGGCAAGCAGGCCUCGCGCAAGAAAGCUCCAGGAAGGACGCAGCAGAACCGCAAACUCACAGAUUUCUACCCGGUGCGGAGGAGCUCCAGGAAGAGCAAAGCGGAGCUGCAGUCUGAAGAGAGGAGGAGAAUAGACGAGUUGAUCGAAAGUGGGAAGGAAGAAGGAAUGAAGAUCGACCUCAUCGACGGCAAAGGCAGGGGUGUGGUCGCUACCAAGCAGUUCUCCCGGGGCGAGUUCGUGGUGGAGUACCACGGGGACCUCAUCGAGAUCACCGACGCCAAGAAGCGGGAGGCUCUGUACGCACAAGACCCCUCCACCGGCUGCUACAUGUACUACUUCCAGUACCUGAGCAAGACCUACUGCGUGGACGCCACCCGCGAGACCAACCGCCUGGGCAGACUGAUCAAUCACAGCAAGUGCGGGAACUGCCAAACCAAGCUGCACGACAUCGACGGCGUGCCUCACCUCAUCCUCAUCGCCGCCCGCGACAUCGAGGCCGGGGAGGAGCUCCUGUACGACUACGGCGACCGCAGCCGGGCGUCCAUCGAAGCCCACCCCUGGCUGAAGCAUUGACCGCCCCUCCCCCGCCGUGGACAAAGUGCCCUCGAAGGGAAUUGAUUUUUUUUUUUUUUACACACUUAAUCUUAGCAGAUUACUUCAGAUGUUUUUAAAAAGUAUAUUAAGAUGCCUUUUCACUGUAGUAUUUAAAUAUCUGUUACAGGUUUCCAAGGUGGACUUGAACAGAUGGCCUUAUAUUACCAAAACUUUUCUAUUCUAGUUGUUUUUGUACCUUUUUUGCAUACGAGUUGGACGUCCGGGCUUCCCGUGCACGCGGGCCAGAGGCUCGGCGCAGGGUUUCCGAGGACAGAGUCGCACGCGAGCUGGGGAGCCCGGCGCCGCCCCCGCCCCCGGCCGCAGGGCCCGGACUCUUCCCGGCUCCCCGAGGUCCGAGCGCCGGUGGCCGGGAAGGCGCCGCGCCCCCCGGCGGCCUGGACGGGAUGUAAGCUCUUGUUUCCCUGACGUCUCGCCAGGCGCACACGGAAGUGUAUGAAUAUUUUUUAAAAGGGUUUCGCAGUACGUUAGUCUUCCCCUCUGCUUUCUCGAAAGCUUGCCGCCCCCGUGGCCCCUGGGCACGGGCCGGGCCUAGGUUUACUCUUCCGCGGGCCGCCGCCGUGCCGGCACCCCGGAGCGCCGGGGCGGCCGUCGAAGGAGUCGUGGGCAGGGAAAAGCGUUGCUUAGCUGGCCCUGCCAGGGCCGGGGCUUCCCAAAACUGGGGUGAUUCUUUAUAGAAAUGUGAACACUGAAUUUAUUUUAGGAAAGUAAUACAAAUUAAAAAAAAAACAAAAAAGAU